GGUUGAUACAUAUUAGUAGUCUGAAAAUAGGAAGUCUGCAAAAGUAUAAAGUAUUCUUAAUGUAAUUCAGUAUUUUAUAUACUAGAUUUCAGAUUUUAGCUCUUUGAAUUUAAUUACAAAAUGUAUUUCAACCUAAACACGAAUAUAUAUUGAAUAAUUUAUGCUUCUUCCAAUAAUACUGUACACAUGGAUUUUUGCGUAACUUUCAAUUGCAAUGGGAAGGUGAACCUUAACGAUUGGGAACUAGAUAGAAAUGGUUUAUUUAUACGCGGAGAAGUGGAAAACGUUUUAUAUCCGCAAGAUGACUGUCCCUUGAUGGAAAAGCAUGUACAACUUUUUAAUUAUAGUAUGCCCGCUGCAACAGCAUUGUUAGACCUAAAACAUUUUAACAAAUGCAUGAAUAUGCAGUUAAAAAUACUCAGCAGAUAUGAAACUUACAAUCAAGUUUUAAGUUCAAAGACAAAUGAUGUUGAUUUUUAUUAUGUAAGAUGUGUUAUAUCAGAAUUUAUUUUAUAUAUUCGAAUGUACUUAAAUAGUAUUAAAGGAAAUUAUCAAUUAUUGAAAGCUAUAAAUGAAGAUAUAGAAGAAGAAUUUAAUGAAUUAUUUAUUAUAAUGAAGCAUUUUUUGGAAAGAAUACAUAAUAUCCCUGAUACUACAUUUCAUUAUGCACCAUCUAAAUUAGGCAAUCAGUGUAUACAACCAGAAUAUCAUAUGUAUCAUAUGCACAUUGAAUUAAGGUGGUAUUUUAUCUCAUUGAUGUAUGCAAAGAACAUAUAUUGUCAAUAUUCAAUUGAGAAUUAUUUGGAUGAACUUGAAAAUAUGCAAACAAUGAUUAUUAAUGAUCUAAUUUAUAUCUCAUUAAAAAUAUUUGAAACGAUGCCUUUGAUACAUAUACAACAAAAAACUCCAUAUAAUUGUACUUGCAUUCGUGAAUUAUGGCUUAUGCUUCAAAUAUUUAUUGAUAGUUUAUCUGACAGAAUGAAAUCAAAGUCUUUUUGGGAGUAUGUAAAUGGAUGUAUCAAUGGAUUAUUGAACAGGAAUGUAUCUAAUAGAAACCAAGAAUUUUUUACACUUCGUAAAAAUUCUGAAUUAUUCUGUUUGUGGAUUGUUCAUCAUCUUUCACUGCUAUAUGGAUACAAUAGUGAUGGAGUAUAUUUAGGAUUUAAGUGUUCAAGGAUUAGAGCAAACUAUGAACAAUUAGAAAGAAUCUUGAAAAUAUAUAUUUCCAAAGGAGGAAAAGAUGGUGAACGAGAUGAAAUUGAUGAUGAAUUACGUGUAAUGAUACCUUUAUUGAAUACUAUUGUUAUCAAUUGGUGGCAACCUCGAAUUUCAAUCAUUUCACUUCUGUGGGAUUGUUUUCACAAAAGAUUAGAUGAACCAUUUCUGUUACAAGUAUCUGGUCCUUGGACAUUGUCAGUUGAAAAGAUCCUUUUUACGAAUAAAUUAUAGUAACAAUGAUACAAAACAUUGGAAUCAAAUUAAAAGUCGUAUUUAUUCUAAAUUUUCUAAGAGUAAAGUCGAAGAAUUUUCUAUAACUGGCCUGUAUAAUUUUAUUUCAUUAUUUUUAACAUUAGCUGUUACUGCUGAUACUAUAAAUGUUUGUUCAGUAAUGUUUGAUCUUUUACCAUUAUCAAAAGAAUACAAUAGCGAAAAUAGUAAAAAACAUAAUUUAAUUUGGAAAGGAAAACUGGCUGUUCUUCUUUUAUAUAGUGAUCUUAAAUUGAACCUAACAAAUAUAGCACCUCUAUACAUAGAUACGGUGAAUACUAUAUGUUGUCGCAAAGAUGAUACAUCCUGUGCAAUGAUGAAUAAUUUUAUCGAUGUAUUCAGUACGAUUUUAUCAUACGAUAGUAUUGAAUUAGGAGAAUAUUUAUUAUUUAGUGGAUGGAUAGAUCGAUAUUUAUUAGAAUGUUCAAAUAAAAUGGUAGGAACAUUAAUGAAAGUAUUAGCUAAUGUCUUUGAAAGAUGCAUUUAUGUUGCUGAGACUUCUAAUACAGCCAAUGCAGAAAAAAUGUUAGAUGUUUUAUGGUGUUAUGUUGCAAGUAGAGUUAGACAACUUGUAUUUGAUCCUGUUCUUAUUAAUGAACAUUAUAAAAAUAUUUCAAAACUUGCUGUUUUAUUUACUUUGGAGGCAUUGAAAAAUCCAACAAUAGCAAAGAAGCAUAAACAUUCAGCUACAUCUCUAUUUCAACUUUUUGCAUCAUCAGUAAUUGUUAAAGACAUAAGGCAUGGAUAAAGUGUUCUAUUAUUGGUCAUGAUACAAACAAAGAUGAAGUAGAAGUUUUACAAAAUUAUGUAUUAGAAUUAAAUGAUAUCAAGGAAAUUUUCGAAACAACUGAGAAUAUUCAAGAAUUUAAAAAUAAUGAUAAAUCUAUUUUAAUGUUUAUAAUGCACUCAAUGAAAAAAAGAAAGACUUUAAAAACUGAACAAGAACGAAUUCAAUAUGAUAUAAAAUGGAAAUUGUAUUUCAGUCACCUAGAAAAGUGGAUUCUUUCACCUAUUACGGAAGAAACUAAAGAUUCAGAAUUGGCUUCGUGGAUAUAUAGAUGUAUUGGAACACUAUUUCUCUGUACUUCUAUUAUGUUAUAUUCUAAAAAUCAACCAAACAGUAUAUUUAAAAUAUUACUAAAUAAAACUAUAUUAUCAGUGGAGCAACCUUUUUUAAAAAAUUUGGGAAAAAAAACAUUUUCUAUGAUACUCUUGGGUAUGGAAGCCCUUAAUGUUAAAAGUGAUAUAUCACUUCAAAUUCUAAUACGAGAUCUUUUUGAUCAAUACAUGCCACUCUUAAUAGUACCGACUGUUAAUGCAAAUAGUUUCAAAGUAUCCGACUCAUUACUAAAGUGUUUUAAAGAUGCAAAAGCAGAUUUUAUACGCUUAAUAUUCGAGAUUUUGAUGACGAAUUUUUUUAAUAUUUCAAAUGACAAUAUGAUGCAUAAACAUUCUUAUUUAGUAAUGAUACUUUUACAAAAUCUGCUUAAAAAUGAAAUAAAUUAUGCAUGUCAUAUAACAGAAUUCAUUAUCGUAAUUUGCACAUCAUAUAUUAUUAGAUGUUACAUAAAAGUUCAUGACCACCAUCCACAUAAACAACAAACUAUUGAUUUCAUAGAUAAUAUUAUUAGAAAUAAAUAUUAUAAAGAGAAUAAUUCUUUGCAGAAUAAGUUCUAUGAUAUAAUAUCUAGUUCUGUUAGAAAGUCAUUAAUAAUAAAUCAGCAUAAUACUUUUGAAUUUUUACGUUCGAUUUUAUCAAUAUCGACUGAAAUAAUACAAUUUUUAUCACCAGAACUGGAGCAUAAUUUAAGUGAUUUGGAAAUUAAUCGACGUCCAAACGCAGCGUCUUUUAGGUGAGAUACUAUGAAAAAUAACUGACUUUAAAAACUAUUAUACAAUUUUUGUUUCACUUUCAGAUAUUCCUGGAAUCAACUCCAAAAUCUUAUGAAAAGCAUUAAGACAAAUCACUAA